GCAGGCUCCUGGUCGCAAACGCUGCACCUGCCCAAGUCAACUUUUCCCGCCAGACCAUCCACCGAAGAACUGCUCAAAUACCGAACACGAUGUGCCGACGACUUUUAUGCCUGGCAAAAAGAGAACCUCCCCAGUGAGAACGAAAGGGGCGAGCGUAACACAUUCACCCUCCACGAUGGCCCUCCAUACGCAAACGGUCCCGUACACGUCGGACACGCCUUGAACAAGAUCAACAAGGACAUCAUCCUGAGAACUUACGCCAAGAGAGGCCUCAGAGUGUCAUACAGACCAGGAUGGGACUGCCACGGCUUGCCCAUCGAGCUCAAGGCUCUGCAAGCCCACCAGCAAUCCACCAUAGACAAGCAAGCCAAGAGUCUGGUCGAUGAUCCUAAGCAGGAGGCCAGUGUUGCUCACGGUGCUGGUCUCGGCCCAUUGGCCAUCCGCGACGCCGCAAAGCAACUGGCGACAAAGACAAUCUCGGAGCAAAUGGAUGCUUUCCGAUCCUGGGGUGUCAUGGGCGAGUGGGACAAGCCAUACAAGACCAUGGACCCCGACUUUGAGAUCAAGCAGCUGCAAGUCUUCAAGAACAUGGUCGCAAAAGGUCUGAUCUACCGCCAGAACAAGCCCGUCCACUGGUCGCCCUCUUCCGGUACAGCCCUGGCCGAGGCCGAACUCGAAUACGAUGAAGACCAUCGCGUUGUCGCUGCCUUUGUCAAGUUCCCUUUGAUCAAGCUGCCCUCGGUCCUGGCCGACAAUCCUGCCGUCCAAGCCGACUCGGUUAGCGCCUUGAUCUGGACCACAACUCCCUGGACUCUGCCUGCCAACAAGGCCAUCGCCGUACGUUCCGACAUGCAGUACGUACUGCUUCAAGUCACCGGUGAAGACCUCUCCAACGACUUGCGAGGCCAGGUCAUUGUUGCAAAGGACCGUGUCGAAUCGCUACAGAACCAUCUGCCUGAGGGUGCCUCCAUCAACAUUCUUGUAGAUAGCUUGUCGGGCUCCGAUCUGGAAAACACAGAGUACAUCAAUGUCAUCUCCCAGGAACACAACAAGAUCAUUCAUGCCGACUUCGUCACUGCCACCUCAGGUACCGGUCUGGUCCACAUCGCUCCUGGCCACGGCAUGGACGACUAUAACGUGUGCAUGAAACUGGGUAUUGGUCCAGCUUUCGCCCCUGUCGACGAUUAUGGAAAGUACACUACCAAGGCUUUCCCCUCGGACCCCUCCUACCUUCAAGGUCUCCCUGUUGAGAAAGAUGGUGCAAAGGCCGUCGUAGCUUUGCUCAGGAACCCUCAUACCAAGCUCUCUGUCCCCUCGCUCAAAGCCGGCUCGUCCCUGAUCUUCAAGACCCAUAGUUUCAGACACAAGAACCCUAUUGAUUGGAGAACAAAGCAACCUGUAAUCACCAGAGCUACUGAUCAAUGGUUCGCCGAUGUCGGCAGUGUUCAAGAAUCUGCCCUGAAAGCCAUCCACGACAUCAUGUUCGUUCCGGAAACAGGUAAAUCACGUCUGGAAAGCUUCUUGAAAGGUCGCAGUCAGUGGUGCAUCUCGCGUCAGCGAUCCUGGGGUGUGCCUAUCCCAGCUCUGUUCCACAAGCAAACAGGUGAAGCUCUUCUGACAGUUAUGAGUAUUGAACACAUCAUCAAGACCAUCCAGAAACGCGGUAUCGAUGCUUGGUGGGCUGAUGCUUCCGACGACCCUGCUUGGAUUGUGCCAGGCCUCGAUCGUGAAGCAUACAUUCGUGGCAAGGACACUAUGGAUGUCUGGUUUGACAGUGGAACAUCUUGGGCUCAGCUUGAAAAGCGCGAAGAUGGCACUCAUGCAGAUAUGAUUUUCGAGGGCUCCGACCAGCAUCGUGGUUGGUUCCAGUCUCUUCUCCUGACCCACCUCUCUGGCCAAACUGAUACCGCCAACACCCCUGUUGGGGCCAUCUUUACCCAUGGAUUUACUCUCGACCAAGCCGGUCGUAAGAUGAGCAAAUCAUUAGGAAAUGUGAUCUCUCCAGAAGAGAUUAUCAGCGGGACCAUCAUUCCGCCGGCAAAAACGAAGAAGGGAACAAAGACUGUCCCCCGUCCCGUCCAAACCAAGAAAGACGCCAUGGGUCCUGACGCUCUGCGAUUAUGGGUUGCAAGCAGCGACUACACCAAGGAUGUUGUCAUUGGCCAGCCUGUCCUCCAGGCCGUACACUCAUCACUUCACAAGUACCGCACGACGUUCAAAUGGCUCCUUGGUGUGUUGAACGACUAUCCUGCUCCCUUGCCUGUGGAAGAACUUUUGCAGCAACUCUACUUUGCCGAUCAAGUCACCCUUCACCAACUCUCCAAAACGGCAGCAGAGGUAUGGAAACAUUGUGCCGCCUAUGAGUUUCACAAGGGUGUGCAAGUCAUCAACAAAUUCAUCAACACCGAUCUCUCAGGCUUCUACUUUGAGGUCAUCAAGGACAGAUUGUAUGCCGAAGACGAAGAAAUUCGCAGACAUACGCAAACAGUUCUCUCCAUCAUCAUGGAAGAGCUCUGCCAUAUGUUGGGUCCCAUCACUCCUCAUCUCAUCGAAGAGGUGUGGGAACACACUCCGGAACAUUGGGCACCAUACGAUGUCAUGAACAUCAACAGAAGACUAUGGGAAUACCCAUUCAGCGCCGAGUUCGACUCGUACAGAGCUGAAGGUGCCAUGGAGAUGGUCAUCAAGACCUUCAAUACUGUCUCAACAGCCGUUAAAUCUGCUCAAGAAAGUGCACGCAGAGCAGGCAGACUUGGCAGUGGACUGGCGUGCCGCGUUGAGCUUCAGAUGCCUCGCAAGACUGGCAAAGUGAUGCUUGCCCUCCUCUCUGAUCUCGGCACAAACGACGAGCUAGCCGAACUCUUUGUCGUCUCCGAAGCCACGAUGGUCCCCGACGACCCAGACUUCCGCCGCAAGGUAGCCGAGCAAGAGCCAGAUGAGAAACUUCGCGCUAUGCUUCUAGAACCUGAUGAGCCACCAGCCUGGAAAUUCGAAUGUGAGUUCGAAUGUGGUGAUGAUGAUGCACCUGCUACUGGUAAAGCCGUAGUGUUGCCUCCCAACGGCGAGAAAUGCAUCAGAUGCUGGCAAUACACUUCUGAUGAGCCUGAAUCACUUUGUGGAAGGUGUACGGAUGUUGUCAGUGAG